UUUUCUUCGGGACUCGCGCUCGUCUUCCAAACAUCUUGGCACAGGUAUCGCGCACGCACGCACGCGCCGCGGGUUCCCGCUGCGUCAUCAUGGCGGCCACGGAGAAGGAGUCACGCAUUUCCUGAGCGAAGUUAGCCGGGUUCUCAACAGAAACGCGUUGUGGGAGAUGAACACGGAGGAAAAUGGAGGGCUUGUCUCUAAUGGCUCUGCUGGAGUGUCCACUGUGUAUGAAGCAGCUGGACGUGUCCGCCAAAGUCCUGCCGUGCCAGCACACCUUCUGCCUGUCCUGUCUACAGAAACACCAGGCGGCUCACUCCCUGCUGCUGUGUCCCGAGUGCGACGCUCCUGUCCCGGCCCGGACCGUGGAGGAGCUCCCUGAGAACGUCCUGUUAGUGCGGCUCCUUGAAGGGAUGCGGGUUCCAGCAGGGUCCGGCAGGAACACCCACACUGCCCGCUAUAGUGCCCCCUCUGGGGGUCAGCCUGAAAGUCAACAACUGCCAGUGCACAGUGAGAUCUGGCGCAGAAGUCCUGCAGGAGAGGUUGUUCCCGCUCAAGGUGCCGUUAUCACCCAAAUGCAAGAGGCAGAUGAUGACUGGAACCACAGAAAACCUAUGACUCAACUGCAGCCCCAACGACUGGCUCUCUGCAAAGCUGUGUGUGAUUUCAAUCCAGAGCAGAUGAACCUGGAGGAUGGCAAGUGUUGCCUCAGGUUCCUCAAGGGAGAUGUCCUCUCACUCAUCAGACGGGUGGAUGAACACUGGGUGGAAGCCAAACUUGAAGACAAAUGUGGACUUUGCCCUCUCCAGUUUUUAGAGCCGAACUUGGUUGCUGCUAAAGUACUGGAGGGAAAGAGUCGGAGGAGUGACUCAGCAGGACUUCAACAAUCAAGUGGGAGCCGCAGCAAAGAAACGGCCUCAGGAGUGCCAAAGAGGAUCGAACACUCCAGAGUUCCGCAGGUUUCGUCAAAGACCCCCUUUAUCAAUGAUUUUCCCCUCUACCAUCAGUGGAAGAAGAAUCAAACCAGCAACUUGCUCUACGGUACCAAAGGUGACACGAGCAACGUCAACAACUUCAACAGCUUCAAACGCCGGGAUCACACGCACCGACUGUCUUUACCCCCUGCUGGCCGGUCACUCUCUUUUCCCUCCAGAGUGAACUCACAACGAGGCCGACGUCACUCUGACAAUCAUCGCAGGCACCUGUCACAGAGUGAGAAGAAGAUGACUAACUCAACUCCACCCAACAUCUCUAUGGCUCUGCUCAACCCUCAAAUGUCUUCUGCAUCUGCUGACGGCAAAAACGCCUCCACGCAGCAGCUCUCAAUCAGUGUGUGUGCCGUGCUGUACUCCUACAAACCACGACGCCCGGAAGAACUGGAGCUGAGGAAGGGCGAGAUGGUGGGGGUGUAUGGGAUGUUUAAGGAAGGCUGGCUACGUGGGUUGUCCCUGAGAACAGGAAAAGUGGGCAUUCUACCCAGCAACUUCAUCACUCCCGUCCUCAGAACGUCAGCCAGACUACUGGAGACCAAGGCAGCUAAUAUGUCGCCGCAGCACAACAUGCCAGCUGGAAAGAAGCCCAACACUGCCAAGAAUCCAGCUGUGGUCCUGGCUCUUGACCGAGUGAACAGUGAUGGAAACACGCACUCAGCUGGACAUGUCCCUUCUGCCCCAAACGGAGCUCAGCAAGCAAUGUCGUCUGCUGGCAGCGGAAAACCGUCCUACUAUGGGGGUUCACAUGGGUGGGACACUGUGAGACGCCUCUUCACCCCACAGAAAGCCUCAAAUUUCUAUAACCAUUCAUCCAACAUGAAUGGCCCGUCCAACUCACAGCACUUUGCACAAGUUCAGGCAUCCGGUUACUCUCCAGCACCGCAGAGAAAGAAAAACUUCAGCGUCCUGUCCAACUCGAGCAGACCGCUGGGCUGGAUGAACGAGUCAGCAGCGCACCCUGCUGGUGCUACCAUGAAAGAACGCGACUUCGGUCCUCAUGAAGCUGUGUACCAACGUCAGCGACAUCCGUCCGGUGGGCCCCAGUCAAUUCUAGUCAGACCAGAUGCACACAAAAACAAUACAGAUAAGCCCGCUAAGUCUGUAAGGUUCAUGACAGACGAAGAGCCCACUCCACGCCUUCGAACUUCUUCAUGGUCUUCAGGAAAUCAGGUUCAUUACAAUAGUCACUCUGGGCUCCCUUCACUAGAAGUGUGGGCUCCAUCACUCACCCUUGGGAGGGAUGGACCAGGAAUUCAUUUCAAAGAAGGAAAAGCGCCCAUCUUCCGGAGGGGUCAGGAAACAGUCCUCUCAGAUCUUAAUUCAAACUCUCAAAAGCCGAUAUCACACCCACUACUGUCUGCUGCGUCAGCACAGUUUAGCCCUGUCAGGCACAGAGUGGCCACAACACAUCUAGCCCAAACAGACUCUGAACUCAGUCUCGUACAAGGAGAACUGGUGUUGGUGCACAGACCCAGACCCGAUGGACGCGUGCUGGUGACUCAGGAGAGCAGUGGGCAGACUGGUCUAUUUCACUCUAAUAUUCUUCAAGCUUUAGAAAGGCUCAGCUAGUAUUUUUCAAAACCUCCAUCUUGAUGUGAACAUCAUGAGUGUUGAGAUUGAAACUUGAAGCUGCCAAGAAACUUUUUUUUUGUGGAGAGGAACUUUCUCCCAGUGCUGGUGUGGGUUUCCUCAGGGUACUCUGGUUUCCUACUAACAAUCUUUAUAUGCUCAUGAACAAAUUGGAGACUCAAAACUGUCCUCAUUUUUUUAAGCAAACAUUCCUUUGAAGAUAUACAGUGUGUCAUUGAAAUCACGUCACGUCCCACAAUCUAAGUCAUGUGUACAAUGUGUACAUGAUUUAACAUUUUGCACAAAGAUUCCCACUGAAGACUGUUCCCUGUUUAUAACCUGUUACACAUCGAGGUGAGUGCCUUUGUCAAAUUCCACAGGGUAAAGAAAGUCAAGUGCAUUCUUCUACCUUAGAAAUGUAAUAAGCUUUACUUAAGAAUUUCAGUAGUUUGUUGUCCAAUAUGAUUCAAUUAAAUGUGAUUUGUAAUUAGUGAAAACCUGUUGCAACCACUGAUUUCUCAUUUAGAUUUUUUUUUUUUUUUGCAUUGGGGUCGAUUGAAUAAUGAACAACAAUAGAUGAAAAAAAAUCCUUAUUUUAAGAAGAAGCAUUAGCACCAUUAGGUUUCAAUGUGAUUGGCCUAUUUUUGAGCUAUAUUCUAGCAUGUACAAUUUAUAAGUCCUGAGUUUCAAAACAUUUGAAAUAUUUGUGGAAUAAAUGGGAUGGACAACUGCACCGAUCAUGAUUGCAAAUGAUUUUGGAUGUACAUUGUUUGGAAAAUAAAUAAACAUCUACUGUAUUUUUUUCAAUCUACAAAUCUGAAAAGCUUUUCUGAAGAAUGUGUGCUGCUUUUAGUGAAAUGAAUGAGAGAACAUGUGUUUUGUCACUCUGGCACAGUUCUGCAGGGUUCAUCUUCCAUCCUUAACUGCCUU